AUGUUCAGAAACGCUAUCCGACAGUCUGGUAGGACUGUAGGCGCAAUCUCUGUCUCGGGUCGAGUUACUACAGUUGCAGCGAAACGAUCUGCUGCACCCUCAACGAUAAAAAAUUCUCUAAUCCCAUCUCGAUGCUAUGCUGUCGAAGCAAAAGCUACCCCAACAGAAGUAUCAUCGAUCCUUGAGGCGAAGAUCCGAGGUGUACAGGAAGAAGCAGGCCUUGCCGAAACAGGUCGCGUCUUGUCCGUCGGAGAUGGCAUUGCUCGCGUCCACGGUAUGGCCAAUGUACAAGCCGAAGAAUUAGUUGAGUUCGCGUCUGGUGUUAAAGGAAUGUGCAUGAAUCUCGAGGCUGGGCAAGUCGGAGUUGUACUUUUCGGGUCAGAUAGAUUGGUGAAAGAAGGCGAAACUGUUAAGCGUACCGGUGAAAUUGUCGAUGUUCCUGUCGGAAUCGAGCUACUCGGUCGUGUAGUAGAUGCUUUGGGUAACCCUAUCGACGGAAAGGGUCCGAUAAAAACAAGCGAGAAGCGCCGUGCUCAACUCAAAGCACCUGGUAUUCUUCCAAGACAAUCGGUCAAUCAGCCGGUACAGACUGGAUUAAAGUCAGUUGACGCUAUGGUACCGAUUGGUAGAGGUCAGCGUGAGUUGAUUAUCGGCGAUCGCCAAACCGGAAAAACAGCUGUAGCCCUUGAUGCCAUGCUAAACCAGAAGCGAUGGAACGUAGGAAACGAUGAGUCAAAGAAACUCUACUGUGUGUAUGUUGCCGUCGGCCAAAAGAGGUCAACUGUUGCUCAAUUGGUAAAGACUCUUGAAGAAAAUGACGCUAUGAAGUACUCGAUUGUAGUAGCUGCUACAGCCUCAGAAGCUGCACCUCUUCAGUACAUUGCACCUUUCACUGGGACAUCUAUGGGAGAGUGGUUCCGCGAUAACGGUAAACACGCUGUCAUCAUAUUUGAUGACUUAUCAAAGCAGGCCGUUGCAUAUCGACAAAUGUCUCUUCUCCUACGUCGUCCACCUGGACGUGAGGCCUACCCCGGUGAUGUUUUCUACCUCCAUUCUCGACUUCUUGAACGUGCAGCUAAAAUGGGCAAUAAACACGGUGGAGGGUCUUUGACCGCUCUUCCAAUCAUCGAGACGCAAGGUGGAGAUGUGUCAGCUUACAUUCCAACUAAUGUCAUUUCCAUUACUGAUGGUCAAAUUUUCCUGGAAGCCGAACUAUUUUACAAGGGCAUCAGGCCAGCCAUCAACGUCGGUCUUUCUGUGUCCCGUGUCGGAUCCGCAGCUCAGUUAAAGGCUAUGAAACAAGUUGCCGGCUCUCUCAAGCUUUUCUUAGCCCAAUAUCGCGAGGUAGCUGCCUUCGCUCAAUUUGGUUCUGACUUGGAUGCUGCAACCAAACAAACUCUUAACCGCGGUGAACGGUUAACCGAGCUUCUGAAACAAAAGCAAUACUCACCUAUGGCUGUCAACGAAAUGGUACCCUUAAUAUAUGCAGGAGUUAACGGUCAUCUGGAUACUAUUCCCGUCAAUAAGAUUCUUCAAUGGGAAUCUGACUUCAUCUCUCAUUUAAAGACUAGUGAGCCCGAAAUUCUUGCUACUAUCGACAAAGAGGGUGCGCUGAGCAAAGAUCUCGAGACGAAGUUGAAGAGCAUCAUAACAACAUUUACCAAAAGUUUCAACUAA